UUGCUGCCAAACAGGUGUCCAAAGACCCAUUUCUAAUCACUGGAUUUGCAAAAGAUUUGCAUUCCUUGGAUUAGCGGAUUUAAUUUGGUGUUCAUUUUUGUGUCGGCCCAAUAUCGACCGCGCUCCUUUUUAUCGUCGACCCCCCGGCCACAUGCAGCGCUCGCGAAUCUGAAAUCCGACAUCUUGCAUCUUUUAAUCCAGACCAAGCUCUCCUCCUCUCAACAACUUUUCAUCACAUCAUUGAUCGUCCUGCUACAAUCCCAAAGGUCGAACCUGAUACCUACCAAGACCCCCGGGUCGCCUGUCCAUAACAUGUCUUCUGGAGCGACCUCCCUCAAGGAGAAGCCGCUUGAUCCGGCCGUUGAGUUGCCGGCGGACAACGGCCACAGCUCCGAUUCACAGCUCGAAGCCGGUGCACCGACUGCCGCGCCAGCUGAACCUGAUCAGAAUGCAUCACCAAGAAACAUUCACGGUGUUAUUUGGGCCUUGGUUGUCGUUGCCAUUCUAUCCAGCAUUUUCCUCUACUCCCUCGACAACACAGUCGUCGCCGACAUCACACCAGCCGUGGUCAACAAUUUUGGCGAUGCGCUCAAGCUACCAUGGCUGUCUGUUGGUUUCCUCCUCGGUGGAGCAGCAGUCGUCCUCCCCUUCGGCCGCCUGUACGGCCUCUUCGACGCUAAAUGGCUGUACAUCCUCUCCUCCAUCCUCUUCAACGUCGGCUCUGCCCUUUGCGGUGCAGCUCCCAACAUGGACGCCCUCAUCAUCGGCCGUGUCCUUGCCGGCAUGGGCGGCAAUGGCAUGUACCUCGGUGUCAUGACCCUUCUCUCCGUCAAUACCUCCGACCGCGAGCGCCCCGGGUAUCUUAGUUUCGUCGGUCUGGUCUGGGGUAUCGGCACGGUUUUGGGACCCGUGGUAGGCGGUGCGUUCGUUGAGUCACCGGCGACGUGGAGGUGGGCGUUUUACAUCAACCUUUGUGUCGCUGGUCUAUUCGCCCCGGUCUACCUCCUUUGGAUCCCGAACUUCAAACCUCGUGCCGGGACCAAGACCUUGACGCUUGCCAAGGAGUUUGACUGGCUCGGAACUGUGCUUAGCAUGGGAGCCAUCACGGCCUUGAUCAUGGCUACCAACCUCGGUGGCGCGCUUUAUGCCUGGGACAGCGGGCAGAUCAUCGCGCUUUUUGUCGUGGCGUUUUCGCUCUUUAUCCUUUUUGGGAUCCAACAAACCUACACCAUCCUGACCAACCUGACCUCGAGGAUCUUUCCCAUCCAGUUCAUGAGGAACUGGAAUGCGGUGCUGCUUUUUUGCUGCGCUGCGGCGGUGAACACGGCUGGCUUCGUGCCGAUUUACUAUGUCCCGCUGUAUUUCCAGUUCACGAGGGGCGAUAGUGCCAUCACGGCGGCGGUGAGGUUGUUGCCGCUUAUUUUUGUGCUGAGCGCCGCUAUUCUUGCGAAUGGGCAUUUGAUGGCGAGGUUUAGUUACUUCCAGCCGUGGUAUGUUUUUGGGAGUGUUUUGACGUUGAUUGGCGGGGUUUUGAUGUCUCGCAUCACGACCGAGACGCCUGAGGGUCAGAUCUACGGCUUCGAGAUUCUGCUUGGUAUUGGUACCGGUUGCUUUAUCCAGGCCGGGUAUGCUGUUAUCCAAGCUGUCACCCCGCCAGCGGACAUGGCGUAUGCGAUCUCGUUCAUGAUGCUGGGUCAGUUGGGUGGUAUCGCGUUGGGUCUUGCGAUUGCUGGUGCCAUCUUUGUCAAUGACGCUAUCAAGAAUCUGAUGGUGGUCCUGCCUGAUGCGACACGGGAGCAGCUUCAGAUGGCCAUCUCGGGGACCAGUGGCGAGUUCUUCAGCUCUUUGGCCCCUGGGGUGCGUGCUGCGGCCACGGAUGCGAUUGUUGUCGCGCUGAGGCAGGUGUUUAUUCCUGUAUAUGUUGCGGCUGCUUUUAGUUUGGUGCUUUCGGUGUGCUUUACUCAACGGAAGAUGUUUGGUAAUAUUCAGGCCAUUGCGGCGUAAGAGCUUUAUGAUUCGGGAGUUGGAUUGGAGGUGUUGGAAACAGUGACAGAUUGGUGACCGGCUUUUGAGUGUGGUUUCUGGGCCAUGUAAUGUACAUGUGAUAAAGUUGGAAACAGUCGCGUUUGGGCAGCCAGGGAAGUUGGUAAAAUCAAAAUGGACUGGAUGUCGGCGGCCUUUUUUUUCAAUUCUCUGUGAAUGCGAGCAAACUUGGGUGG